AUGUCUACAGUUGAUUACAAAGAUAGACCUGUAACUGUUGAAAAACCAAUCCCCGUUACUUAUGAUUUAGGUAACUUGGCUGUUUUCGAUUCCAACGUACUUGACAAAAAUGAUUUUGAUUCUUCUAAUGGUGAACGUGAAAAGCAUAUCAAAGAUCACACCCGUGAUAAUGUACAAUUAUUAAUCAAUCAGAUAUUAUCUUUACCAAUGAAAACCACUACAGAAGCAACUGGUGGCUCUAGCGGACAAAGUUCUACAAUGACAUUAAUUCAAUUACCAGAACCUUUAACAGAAUUACCAAGAGAGAAGCCAUUACCAAAGGCUAAGGCACCAACUAAAUGGGAACAGUUUGCUGCUAAGAAGGGUAUUCAACCUAAGGCUAAGACUGGUAAAAUGAUUUACGAUGAAGCCAGUGGUGAAUGGGUUCCAAAAUGGGGUUAUAAAGGUGCUAAUAAGAAAUUAGAUGACCAAUGGUUAGUUGAAGUUGAUGAUGACGUUAAAGGUACUGAUAAAGAAUUGAUUGACCCAAGAACUUUAAAUAGACAGGCUAGAAAGCAAUUAAUUAAGAAAAAUGAAAGACAGCAAAAGAAGAAUUUGAGAAAUUCUUCAUAA